AUGUCAAAGUGCCAAGAUGCUUGGAGGAUAUUACGACAAGUGGAUGUGGCUCGGGUGUGGGGAGGAUAUAGCUCAUGCCGGUUGGCAUGCUCAACUAGUUGUUUUGGUCAAAUCGUUUGGUUGGUUCGUGGCUUUUUGGGGCAGCCACAACUUGAGAGUGCACUCACUGGCAUGGACUUGGUAGUUAUACCUGCUGGUGCGCCAAGGAAACCUGGAAUGACAAGGGAUGAUUUAUUUAAAAUAAAUGCUGGAAUUGUGAGGACCCUUCGUGAAGGAAUUGCCAAGUGCUACCCCAAUGCUAUUGUCAACUUGAUUAGCAAUCCAGUGAAUUCCACUGUUGCAAUUGCUGCUGAGGUUUUUAAGAAAGCUGGUACAUAUGAUCCAAAGCGGCUCCUGGGUGUUACAACCCUUGACGUUGUGAGGGCAAAUACUUUUGUGGCAGAGGUACUGGGAGUUGAUCCAAGAGAGGUUGAUGUUCCGGUAGUGGGAGGUCAUUCAGGAGUCACAAUAUUGCCCCUUUUGUCACAGGUCAACGUAUGGUUUGGUUCAUUUCCCACUAAGGAUUUUAACGUUGUAUCUUCAGAUGGGGCAUUGGUGAGAGCUGCAGCUAGAGAAGAGAUGGUGAGAGUCACUACUCUCUUGUGGGAUGCACUUGUGCACCUGCUUUUCAGUUCCAGGACUUUGAUCUCGCAAAACGUUCUCAACUCAUUGCUCGCUUUUCCCAAAUGGAGCCUCUCAUCUCAUCACUGUUCAACCAAAUCAAACAAUUUACCCGGGUACACCCCUUCCUACCCAGGUAAAUAG